CAACGCUGUGAACACUAACAGAGAGUCUUCCAGGCACGUCACAAUUGAUUUAAUUAAGAAAGGAUUUUAACUUUUUAUUUGAAGACAAUUUUACAAUUUAGAUUUCUGAAAAUAACUACCGCUGCAGUGAUGCCGAGAGAUCUGGCUGGGUCUUGGUUUCCCACUGGGUAUCAUGGACACACCCGCAGUAAAUCCCGCAAUGACUUCCUGCAGGAGUAUCGUCUAGCAGCCAGACCCUGUCCCCCAGAGAGACUCAUACAGAGGCUCAGGGAAAAUCCAAGGAAACACAGUUUCUCCAAACACGAUAACCGGCACGUGUUCCAGGGCAACGCGGUUUACUUUGAAAGUUCAGGCUGUUGUUCUCCAAAGGGUCUGGGAACGCGGAGGGUGAAAACUGCCAUCGCGGAAGGAGCCAACUUCAAACCCGACUUGAUCGCCUGGGCUCCGCUGAAGGAAGAGCUGGCGAAAGCAGGCCCGGCCCACAGCACGUACCGCGCCUCGUAUUGGCACGCCCAGCCGCCCGCCGCCCACUCCCGUUUCCUGCUGCCCCACAGACUGCUGCCUGCCCCCGAGACCUACACCACCACCUACCGCCACACCUACAGCCACUGUCAGCCCAAUCCCAGUGUCCUCACGGACAUGAUGACGGGCCGUGUGGUCACGCGGCCGCUGGAGAAGGAGGUCACCUUCGCGUACAUGAACGGGAGGCUGGAGCCGAAAACCAGCCAGCCCAGGAGACCUCACACUUCCCUGGCCCCCCUCUCGGUUUCUGACUGCCUUAAGUGGCACGUAACACAGUAAAAAAAAAAAAAGAGAAAAAAAAUAAUUGCUUUCUACCAAAUAUGAUAUCUAUUUUCAAAUUUGUCUCAUGGGCUUUUAUCAGAUCAGUGUUUCAACAAUCGCCAAUUCCUCCCCCUCCUGCCUUUAUUAGUUGUGUGACAGUGUCACUUACUGUACCUUCUCUUCUAAUGGUGUUGAAACGAUGCUCAGAUCAACUGUGGCAGUGCGGUGACUGAGAAAAAGACUAUUUAGCUUAUUUCCAUCAUUGUGAGAGUUAUAGUGAGGUGUCCAAUGUUUAAUGCAAGGUAGGGUGGACAGGUUGCAGUGUUUUCUUCUGUUCCUGUUGUUGUGUGGACAGAAAAAAACUAAAUGCUGCAUCUGGUUUAGCAAAAAAGAAAUCAUUGGUAGUAAAAUGUGGAUUAAAUCAUGUCUCAAAUUAUUACAGCAAAACCAGGAGACUUCCUAUAUACAGCAACACUAAGGCACAACAAUAUUUGUUUUGCAAACCUAUAAUCAAGCUAUUAAACCAUGAUUUGGCUUUGUGCCCCCGCUGUUAGCAUCUACUGUAUAUCCUUGAAAUGUGUCUUUGCUAUUUACUUUGUACUAAAAAUUGUUGUACAUGGUGUUUGGCUAUGUUGGUGCUCAUGAAUGGCGCUGGGUUCCUGUCUGUGAAGAAUAUGUAAGAAUAUUAAGUGUUGGUCUGGAAGCUUCUCCCAUGUUUUCUGCCAGCCUCAGUAAUCCUCGGUAGGCCAUCUUUAAGGGACUUUUGCAGUGGGGUCACUCUUCACAGCUGUUCCAACUUUGGCUUUCCAGUCCAGUGCCAUAUGUGCAAGUUGAGAAUAUGAAAAAUAGGCUUUCGUCUCAUCUAAGAUCUUUUUUUUUUUUGGUUGAAAUACCACAUUUAUUUUUGUAAAAUAUUUUCAGAUUUCAGUUUGUAAAUGA